CAGCAGUCCAGGCGAACACAAUGUUCGUAAAUAUCCCCAGUCAGAUCACGAUCUUUGAAGGUGAAUUCUAUAAGUACCUGAGUGAAGAAAUGAAGACAAUCUUCAUCGCUCAAGACUUGUGGGAUCUCUUCCAAGAAGCAUAUGAGGAGGUCAUGACGAAGCAAGACUCUGGCAAAAUGCCAGAAGGAGAGGAUGAACUACCAAGCAGGUUCAAGACCGUAGAGGAAAAUCCAAUGGAAUCCAAAUCACUCCCCAAAUGGAUUGUUAGUUCCAGAAGAAGCAAGAAGAUGAGUAAAAAGAAGAAGUAGUAAAAUCCACUCAAGGUGAAGAUAUCAAGCAGUCACUCAUAAGAAGUUCAAGAAGUCCAAGACACAACUACGAAUUGCGGAUUAAGAGGGGGUGUCAAAAAUCACAAUCCACA